CUAAGGGUUUGUGGGUGGAGCGUUUCUUGGUUGUCAUGGCGACGGAGAAGACCACCCGGACUCCCCCCUGCUUACUGGUUUGUACGUUGUUGAUAGUGCCCGGAUGCAGAGGAAGCUCUGGAGGAGGAGGAGAGGCUGCUCUGGCGAGUGAGCGGGAGGAAGGAGAAUGCCUUUCUAUGACAAUGUAUACUACCCCUUUGAUUCCGACAAUGCCUCCUCCUCACCCUCCAUACUGAGUUCCCCUUGUCUUCCACCUUAUGCAACAAGAAAGCUCCCUUCUGGUGCAGGUACAAUGUUCAAAUUCAGGACACGGCAUGAAAGUAUGGACUGGAGAAGAAUUGGGGCCAUUGAUGUGGAGAAGGUGGCAAAUGAGUUGGACUUUAUAACCCUUCAGGAAAACGUCAUGAGCAUCACUUUUUGUAACCUGCAAGAUGAAAAAUGUCCGCACUGUAAAAACAGCCUGGAUCCCAUUCUACUGAAACUGUUUCGUCUUUCUCAAUUCACUAUUGAGUAUCUGCUUCAUUCCCAGGAGUAUCUUACCUCUAGCCUGCGGAGUAUGGAAGAAGAGGCUCAGGCUGCUAUCAAAGAAGCAGAGCAGAUAAAACUUAAAAUGGCAAAGCAGUCUGAGGAUAUAAAGUCACUUAAAGACGAGUGCAAGCGUAGGAAGAAAAUGAUUGCUUCACAGCAGAUGAUGAUCAGUGCUGGUGCUGGAGCUUAUCACAAGUGCAACUUUUGUGACAAAGCUUUUGUAAACUAUUCCUUCUUGCAAAGCCACAUCCAUCGGAGGCAUCCACAAUCGGCAGAAAGUGAAAAAACAAAACAACAAGCAAAUGAGCUAUUACAGAAUGAAAUAAGCAAGCUAAAGAAUGAAUUACAGCAUACAAAAUGCCAAUUAGAGACUGAAAGAUGUGCUCAAAUAGAGAAGCUUUCAAAGUUUCAAGAAAUGGAUUGCCAGAAAUCAUUUGAACAAGAGAUGCUUAAAAAGUUUAACAGCUGGAAAGAGGAAGAAAAAGAAAAACAUUGUGAAGAAAUUGCUAAAGUAAAUGAUAUGUUUCGGAAAGAUCUUCAAGAUUUAGCUAUGAAGAAUGCGUCUUUAGAAAAACUUCAUGAAAUGGAGCAGCAGAAAACAUUUGAACAAGAGAUGCUAAAAAAGUUUAACAGCUGGAAAAAUGAAGAAAAAGAAAAACAUGUAGAAGAAAUGGUUAAAGUAAAGGAUAUGUUUCAGAAAGACCUUCAUGAAUUAACAAUGAAGAUUGCUGUUUUGGAAAGAUUUCACGAAACAGGACAUCGGAAAUCAUUUGAACAAGAGAUGCUAAAAAAGUUUAAUAGCUGGAAAGAGGAAGAAAAAGAAAAACAUGCUGAAGAAAUAGCUAAAGUAAAGGAUAAGCUUCAGAAAGAGGUUACAGAAUUAGCUGUGAAGAAUGCCUCUUUAGGAAAAGUAAAGGAGCAGUCUAUAAAGCUGACACCUCCUGUUGCUACAUAUUCAGAAAUUGUACAAGCUCCAACACCACUGUCACAUCACUCUGAGAUAAAACCUAAUGCAUCGUUACUAAGUGACAGAGCCUAUAUAUUGGAACCUAUUGAAGAGCUUACAGAGGAGGAGAAAGAUGUAGAGGCAGAAGUACCAAGCUUACAGAAAACACAUGCUUUGACUAAGAACCAGUCACUAGCUAAAGAGCUCCGGCCAGUUUUUGAAGAAGGACUGGCUGAAAAACUAGAGUCACUAGGAGUGAAACAAGGUGCACGUGGUAUCCCAAGUGACCAAUGUAAAAAAAUGUUGGAUUCCGUGAAGUGUUACAGAGCAGAAAGGGAGAAGCAAAUGCCAGCAUAUCGGCAAAUACGGCAAAACCUCAUUAGUGAUCUGAUUUUAAAGGCUGAGGAACGUACAUCACCAACAGUGGGUAAACUGGGUUCCACACCUCAAGCAUUAAGGAAAGGAAGCAUAUCCUCAUUUUUGCACCCCAAGUCUGAAGCCUCAGUAUUAAAAUCUUCCCAGGAGAGUUACCUAUCUGAUCAGAAAUCUUUUGCAUCACUGAAACAGACAAAGGCAAAAGUUAAAGUUGUUUUAUCAAAAGAUAUGUCUGCGAAAAAACCUCCGUGUGUUAAGACCCCCCCAUUUACUUCUGAUGAUGAGUCCUCUGCAGAUGGUGGUCCUAUGCUGACUUGCAACACUACAGAUUCUUUAAAAAUGAAGCUUCCUCACAACACAAAAGGCAGUGUUGGAUUUGUAGAAAGUGAAAGUGACUCUGAAGGGAGCUUCCUUGAAGAGCUUCAUCCCCAGUGGGUCAGCAAACCUAAUGUUCAGAAACAAGCCCCUGUGACAACAGCUCCAGCGACAAUGGUAAAAGAGCUGAGUAAACAAAUAGAAAAGGAGGCUCUGCUGCAUUCUGUAAAAAAUAAACCAGUUGGUGGUGUCGAUGUUCGUUAUGGAUUUGCUAGCAGCAAAGAUGAAGUUAUGGAACUGAAGGUUGCUGAUAUAGAUGACAAUGAAUUUGACAAUUCCUCCACGGAUGAGGAACAUUUUGAAGUGCCAAGAUUAGUUAAAAGUCGACCAGUGGUUAAAAAAGUAAAAAAUGGACAUACUGCUGCUCCUGUUAGAAAUACUUUUGUUUCCAGACUAGCAAAAGAAGAUGUCCGGGAAAUGGAUACCUCAAGCACACUCGUGAGCAGUUUAGUUACUGUGAGUGACUUCAGUGACUCUUCAGACACCUGAAAAUCUAUAUUUUGUGCCUGAAUUCCUUUGGCUUGAAGAAAUAUACUGUAAAUAAGGCCUUAAAGUGCCUAAGAGAGAGCGAGAGAGAGUAUAUAAAUUACAACACUCCUUUGUAUAAGUAGGGCACAAGUAGCUGUGUCUGCUAUUGUUUUUUUUUAUCUACACAGUAUUAUCUCUUCACUGUGCUGCUCAAAGGCCACAAGCAGAAAAACAUGUAUUUUAAUGUUAUUUAUUUUCUGUUUAUUUUUGUGAGAUCUUUUUAAUGUCUUAAGGUACAAUUUGGACUGUUCUUAGAAAGGUACAACUUCUUGUUAAUGUAUUAAUAGAAUGGAAAAUUCAUUCCCUCUUUAUAAAAACCAUACAGUGUGUGCAGCUAGGGCUUUUUUCACUACAUAUUUGACACUUGCUCUUCAUGGGGUAGCACCUCUUGUCAAGGGUUUGAGCUUUGACAGAUGGGAAAAUUUAAAGGCCAGAUGAAACUCCUUAUGUAUCCCAGUGCUGAUUAGUCCUCUCAUAUUUAAGGCCAGGAGUCUAAUGCUGCCACUGGUUUAGAGGUGUCUCUAUUACCAAACCUGUAAAAAUACAUCCAGCUAAGGAUCUAAUUGUAAGGUAUUAACUUCUGGAACAGAUUUAUGUAUAGUAUGUACAUACAGUUUAUGUGCAAAAAAUAUGCAACACUCCCUUGCACAGUAAAUGCAAUUAUUUAAAAAUUAAAGGCCAAGAAAUAAAUGAAAGAAAUGUUGUACCUUAUAUAUUUAUUAUAUGAUUAUAUAGUACUAGCCCAGAGGCACAGCAGCCUCUAGAGGUGAACAUUCAUGUUUUAAAGAUAUUCCUAAAAACUAACCAUCUUCAGUCAGUUCUGUACUGCUGUUAGCCAGCUGAGCUUUUGGUUCUUCAUAUGAAAUGAGCAGAAAUUGAGGUUACAUCUGCAAGACUGGGCACCUAAGUGAGUUAUAUCCAUCUGCUAAGAAGAAAAAAAAAUACAGUAAGAUAUAUCCCUAUUAAGCACUUUUGUACUAGUACAUGUUUAUUUUUGCUUUAUCUGCAACCUAAGGCUCCUGCCACACAUGGAUUCUUGGAUUAAUGCAGCCUGAGAAUCCGCUCUUACGCUCCAAAAAUCUUAUUGAUGUGCUUGCAUCCGGAGCCGUUGCUUUGGUCCAGGUGUAGGUACACUGAGCGGAUUUCGGCUCAAAACUGCUUGAGUAUGCAGUUCCACACCAAAAUCUGCCCCAUGUGCUUGCUUUUUUCCUUCUCCCUUAUCUUUUUACCUGUCACAGCAUGUAUAAUACUACUUGAGCAUUACCAAAUAGCAGUAUUGAUCUUGCUGCUUCAUUCAAAAUGCUGACAGCGUGUGAGACGGAGGCAAGAUCUCCUAGUAUCAUAAGUGUGGCUGCAGGAUGUAUAUCACUUAGGAGCAGAAAAUCCUCACUGCCAAAAUAACUUGCAUCUUCAAAGAAGAUGCCUUCUGAGUUGCCAUAGGCCCUUGUUUGUGGUACUGGUGCUCCACUGGAUACCUGUGCAUUGCUGAGUUGAUGUGAGGGAGGAAAGGUAGCCAGUGGUAUAGUUUUAUGAGUACUUGAGGUGGUUUUUUUUGUUUUUUUUUAACAGAUUUUUAAAAUUGACAUUUUGGUAUACCCAUACCAUUGAGUAAUUACCUUUUUACAGUAUUAUUUCUAUUAACUAGGAAAUGUACGAUGAAAUAACCAGCCUGUUUUUUGUUACAUUAAAUUAUUUUGUAUUGCACUGUACAUAUUUAAUACUAAAUAAUAAAACGAUACAAUUAAUUCAUUAUGCUGCAGUAUUACUUAUUAAAAACCAUUUUUAUUCAUUAAAA